UUCUCCAUUAUUCGUUCAACUCUCAAAGUGAUUACUUCGGUAAAAAAAACUCAUCAUGGCUCGUACAAAGCAAACUGCCCGUAAAUCCACCGGUGGAAAGGCUCCGCGUAAGCAACUGGCCACAAAGGCUGCUCGCAAAAGCGCUCCGGCUACUGGAGGAGUGAAGAAACCCCAUCGUUAUCGUCCAGGAACAGUCGCUCUUCGUGAAAUCCGUCGUUACCAAAAGUCGACUGAACUCUUGAUUCGCAAGCUGCCAUUCCAACGUUUGGUUCGUGAAAUCGCUCAAGAUUUCAAAACCGAUCUUCGUUUCCAGAGCUCUGCCGUUAUGGCUCUGCAGGAGGCUAGCGAAGCCUAUCUAGUCGGUCUGUUCGAAGAUACCAAUCUGUGUGCCAUCCAUGCCAAGCGUGUCACCAUCAUGCCCAAGGACAUCCAACUGGCUCGCCGCAUCCGUGGUGAACGUGCUUAAAUUGGCUAUCGGCUUUCGUUUGAUCUCAUAUUACUCAACAAAC